AUGUUACCACUAACGGAAGUACUAAAAAAGGAGUACGACUUCGCCACGAGUUGUCACAUCUGCAUGAAACCCUUUGUCAAAGACGAAUAUAGCCGUAAAGUUCGAGAACACUGUCACUACACGGGGCUAUAUAGAGGCGCAGCGCACGCGAUCUGCAAUCUCAGAUACAAGAUACCAAGCCAUGUGCCUGUGAUCUUCCACAACCUAUCGGGGUACGAUGCCCACUUGUUUAUCCGAGAAUUGGGUGAAAAAUAUGACACCCAGGAUAUUGGUUGUAUCGCUGAAAACACGGAAAAGUACAUCAGCUUCAAUGUGAAAAUCAAAGUACCCAUUGCAAUGGGUGAUGGCGAGACGUACAAGAAGAUAAAGAUCAGGUUCAUUGAUAGUUGCCGAUUCAUGCCAACCUCAUUGGAGAAAUUAUAUAAUAAUCUCGAUGAUGCCCAAUGCAAACAUCUCCGAUGGUAUUUUCCUGAGGAUACAUUUCAGCUCAUGGGACGCAAAGGUAUAUAUCCAUAUGAGUAUAUGGAUAGUUGGAAACGAUUCCAAGAGAAUGAUCUACCACAGAAGGAGGCAUUCUAUAGCAAAUUAAAUAUGAAUUCUAUCACCGACGAUGACUGCAAACAUGCCCAGGAAGUAUGGGAUGCUAUCACCCCAAAGGGCCCGGAGACAACGAUGGGCGAUUACCAUGACGCAUAUUUGGUGGUGGACGUCCUGUUGCUUACCGAUAUCUUUCAGAAUUUUCGGGGAGUCUGCCAGAACCAAUACAAACUCGACCCUGCUCACUUUUACAGCGCACCAGGCUUGGCGUGGAAGGCAGCGCUUAAGUACACGGGUGUAAAGCUGGAGCUCCUUACGGACCCUGACAUGCACCUCAUGGUCGAACGCGGAAUACGAGGUGGUAUAACCCAGUCUGUACACCGAUAUGCCAAGGCCAACAACAAAUACAUGGGGGACCAAUACGAUUCCAAUGAAGAAUCGUCGUAUCUGCAGUACCUAGACGCCAACAACCUGUACGGAUGGGCGAUGAAACAGGACCUACCCACUCAUGGCUUUAAGUGGAUAUCAAAUGUGGAGAUAAUAGAUGAAAAGAAGAUCGAGAAGCUGGUAUCUGAUAACAAACAUGCGUACCUCCUGGAGGUAGAUGUUGAUUAUCUGAAGGAUUUACACGACAAACACAACGAGCUCCCCUUCCUGCCGGAGCGCAAGACGAUCCACAGGGUGGAGAAGUUAAUUCCCAAUCUUGAACAUAAGCGGAAAUAUGUGGUUCACAUCGCAUCCUUACACCAAGCUUUGAAACAUGCCCUUAUAUUAACAAAAGUACAUCGUGCUAUCCAAUUUCAACAUAGUGCAUGGCUUGCACCAUACAUAGAUCAUAACACGAAGCUGAGAACGGCCGCCAAGAACGACUUUGAGAAGGAUUUUUAUAAACUGGUGAACCUCCCCGUCUUUGGGAAAACAAUGGAGAACAUACGCAAUCACCGCAACAUCAAGCUAGUUACGAAUGAAGCUGCAUAUACGAAGCUGACCAUGCAACCAAACUUAAAAAGCGGCACAUGCUUCGGUAAGAAUCGAAAUGGGCAGAACGGGUAUAAAAAUGAAUAA